UUAGAAUAUAGGGGGUGCUCUCGAGCCGGCCAGAAGUCCUUGCCGCCAUCUUCAGUCUGGAAGCCACUGGAUUGCUGGAAUUCUUGAGAAUCGCAUCGGAUAUUUCAACAUAACUUGGUCUCAGAAGUGACAAGCACACCAUGACGUCUGCCGAGGUUCAUCCUCGAGAGAUUAAAAUCCUCGAAACUGCAGAGGACAUCCAGGAAAGAAGAGCAGAGGUUUUAGGGCGCUAUGCUGCCUUUAAAGAUGCCACACAUCAGCGUCGUUUGAUGCUGGAAGAUGCCCGCAACUUCCAGUAUUUUAGACGUGAUGCUGACGAGCUUGAAAGCUGGAUUCUUGAAAAACUUCAGACUGCCUCAGAUGAGAGUUGGAAGGAUACUACUAAUCUGCAGGCCAAGAUCCAGAAACACCAGGCCUUUGAAGCAGAGGUGCAAGCCCAUUCUAAUGCCAUUGUGGAACUGGACAACAGGGGAAUGGAAAUGAUCAAUGCUGACCACUUUGCAUCAGACAUUAUCAAGGCCCGUCUUGAGGAGAUCCACAGACUGUGGGAGCUGUUGCUGUCCAAGCUGCAGGACAAAGGGAUAAAGCUUCAGCAGGCACUGGUCCUGGUGCAGUUCUUCAGAGAGUGCAGUGAGGUGAUGUUCUGGAUCACAGACAAGGAGGCCUUUGUCACCUCUGAGGAGUUUGGACAUGACCUGGAACAUGUGGAGGUGUUGCAGAAGAAAUAUGAUGAAUUCCGCAAGGACUUGGAGAGCCACGAGUAUAGAGUGACAGAAGUCAAUGGUAUGGCAGAGAAGCUGCUGUCAGAUGGACAUCCCUCUGAGGAACAAAUCAGGGAGAAACAGAUUGAGCUGAAUGAAGCCUGGCAGAGACUGAAGCAACUUGCAAUCCUGAGGCAGGAGAAACUGUCUGGGGCACAUGAAAUCCAGCAAUUCAACAGAGAUGCUGAUGAGACCAUAGCUUGGAUCACAGAGAAAGAUGGCCUGCUGUCAACAGAUGACUAUGGCCGGGACCUAGCAAGCGUUCAGGGACUGCAGCGCAAACACGAGGGAGCUGAGCGCGACUUGGCUGCCCUGGAAGAACGUGUGACACAGUUAAAUGCCGAGUCUGGUCGCCUGUCUGCUGAGUAUCCAGACCAUGCUGAUGAGGUGCAAACCAAGCAAGAUGAAAUCAACCAAAACUGGGCCAGACUCCAAGAGAAGGCCGAGGAAAGGAAAAAUCGCCUGGAUGACUCCUACCACCUCCAGAGGUUCUUGGCCGAUUUCCGUGACCUUGUCUCCUGGAUCCACGAGAUGAUGGCCAUUAUCUCUGCAGAUGAUCUGGCCAAAGAUGUCGCUGGGGCAGAAUCUCUUCUGGAAAGACAUCAAGAACACAAGGGAGAGAUUGAUGCUCGUGAAGACAGUUUUAAGACCACAGCAGAUGCAGGCAAACAGCUUCUGGAAUCUGACCACUAUGCCACUGAAGAGGUCAAAGAAAAGCUGGUCCAGCUAGCCAACGAAAAGACAACUCUGUUGGAACUGUGGGAAGAGCGUCGUAUUCUUUAUGAACAGUGCAUGGAUCUACAGUUGUUCUACAGAGACACAGAGCAGGCUGAUGCAUGGAUGAGCAAACAGGAGGCAUUCUUACAGAAUGAGGAUCUUGGAGACUCCCUGGACAGUGUAGAAGCUCUUAUCAAGAAACAUGAAGAUUUUGAGAAAUCUCUUGCAGCUCAAGAGGAAAAAAUCCAUGCUCUCGAUGAAUUUGCAACCAAGCUCAUUGAGAAUGAGCACUAUGCUGCUGAUGAUGUUGCAGCCAGAAGAGAUGCACUCCUCCAGAGAAGAAAUGCACUGUAUGAGAGAUCUGGUGCAAGACGCCGCAUGUUAGAAGAUUCCCUCAGAUUCCAAGUCUUUGAAAGAGACUGUGACGAGACCAAAAGCUGGAUCAACGAAAAACUAAAGACAGCGUCAGACGAAAGCUACUUGGACCCCACAAACUUGCAAAAUAAAGUCCAGAAACACCAGAACUUUGAGCAAGAGCUUGCAGCCAACCAGAGUCGUAUUGAAGCUGUCAACAAACAGGGCCAGGACUUGAUUGACUCUAAUCACUUUGCCUCGGACAUUACCAGAGAGAGACUGGAGGAAAUUCAGGAGUUGUGGCAACAGCUGAAUGAACAGACAGAGAAAAAGAGUGGCCGCUUGAAUGAAGCUAGUGAGCAGCAAGCUUACAACAGGAAUGUGGAAGAUGUCGAGCUCUGGCUGACUGAGAUUGAGAACUUCCUGAUGUCAGAGGAUUUUGGGAAGAUUAUCACCAAGGGAGAUUUGACCAGUGUCCAAAACUUGCAGAAGAAACAUGCACUACUGGAAGCAGAUGUUGCUGCUCAUCAGGACCGUGUUGACAGCAUCUCCCAGCAGGCAGAUGAAUUUGUGGACAAUGGUCAUUUUGAUGCUGAUAACAUUGUGGCCAAGAAGGACGCCAUGGUGGAGAGAUACAAUGCCUUACAGGAACCAAUGAAUGCUCGUAAGCAGAAGCUGAUAGAUGCUCUCCAACUGCAGCAGUUUAUCAGGGACAUAGAAGAUGAAGAGGACUGGAUCAGGGAGAAAGAACCCAUUGCUGCAUCCACUAACAGAGGCCGUGAUCUGAUAGGUGUACAGAACCUGAUGAAGAAACACCAGGCGUUGCUAGCUGAGCUGGGAGGCCAUGAGCCAAGAAUUGGCUGCGUGUGUGAGCAGGGCCAGGAGAUGAUCAACGAGAACCACUUUGCCUCUGAUGAAAUACAGCAGAGAAUUGCGGGACUGCAGGAGAAGUGGAACAACUUGAAAGAGAAAGCGUUCCAGAGGAAGCAAGACUUGGAGGACUCCCUGGAAGCACAGCAGUACUUUGCUGAUGCCAAUGAGGCCGAGUCUUGGAUGAAGGAGAAGGUCCCCAUUGUGAGCAGUACUGACUACGGCAAGGAUGAGGACUCUGCAGAGGCCUUAUUGAAAAAACAUGAGGCUCUCAUGGCUGAUCUGGAAGCCUACAAGACCAACAUAGAUAACCUUCAGUACCAAGCUAAAGCAUGCCGACAGCAAGAGGCUCCAGUUAUUGAUGACUUUGGCAAGGAGUGUGUGGUCGCCUUGUACGACUACACAGAGAAGAGCCCUAGAGAAGUCUCCAUGAAGAAGGGCGACGUUCUCACACUGCUGAAUAGCUCCAAUAAAGAUUGGUGGAAAGUAGAGGUGAAUGACCGCCAGGGCUUUGUCCCUGCUGCCUAUGUAAAGAAAGUUGACCAGCCACUGACCGCAAGCCAGGACAAUCUGGCCAGAGACUUCACGGUGUCCAUCAGGCAGAGGCAGAUUGAGGAUCAGUAUGAGGCCCUGAUAGAUCUGGCCCAGCAGAGGCGUGACAAGUUGUCUGAGUCAUGCCAGGCCUACAAGCUGGUCAGAGAAGCUGGAGAACUGGGGCAGUGGAUGAUUGAGAAGGAGAAUGCAGUUGUGGAGGAGGCCAUCAUUCCAGAACAAGCUGAUCUGGAACAAGUGGAGGUACAACAAAAGAAGUUUGAUGACUUCCAGAAAGAUCUGAAAGCUCAUGAAGAGCGUCUGGUCGAACUGAACCAAAUUGCCGACAAUCUGACGCGUAUGGGACAGACCGAGGCUGCUGCUAAAAUUAGGAUCCAGAUAGAGGAGUUGAACAGGAGAUGGGAGAGGUUGCAGAACACGGCUCAGGACAAGGCUAAGACCUUGGCCAGCUCACAUGAAGUACAGAGAUAUCAUAGGGAUGUUGAUGAAACUAAAGAAUGGAUUGAUGAGAAAGACCAGGCCCUGAACACGGACGAUUACGGCAGUGAUCUUGCCAGUGUGCAGAGACUUCAGCGCAAACAUGAGGGUGUGGAGCGUGACCUGGCUGCACUGGGUGAAAAAGUCCAGCAGUUGGACGAGACCGCAGGCCGCUUGGUGGAAACACACCCUGAUGUCUCAGACAGUGUAAAGGCUCACCAGGCUGAGAUUAAUGAGAUGUGGAACUCUUUGACAGAGAAGGCCAAUGCCCGUAAGGCCAAGCUUCUGGAUUCUUACGACUACCAGCGUUUCCUGAGUGACUAUCGUGACCUGACCUCCUGGAUUAACAGCAUGCAGGCUCUGGUGUCCUCUGAUGAGCUGGCCAAGGACGUCACGGGAGCCGAGGCUUUGCUGGAACGACACCAGAACCUUCACACUGACAUUGCCAGUCGCUAUGUCCCCUACCAAGUUUUAGAGAACGCGGAGGAGGAGGCAGAGGAUGAGGAGCAUCGCACUGAAAUCGAUGCACGUGCUGGCACCUUCCAGGCGUUUGAAGUGUUUGGCUACCAGCUCCUGCAGGCACAUCACUUUGCCUCCGACGACGUCCAGGACAAACUCAAUGAGCUGGCCAAAGCCAGGGAGAAACUGGAGAAAGCAUGGAUUGCCAGACGCAUGAAGCUAGACCAGUGUUUGGAGUUGCAGCUAUUCCUGCGUGACUGUGAACAGGCUGAGAAUUGGAUGGCAGCUAGGGAAGCAUUCUUAGGGGGAGACUCCACUGAUGGUGCCCCAGACUCCGUGGAAUCCUUGAUCAAGAAGCAUGAAGAUUUUGACAGGGCUGUCAGUGCUCAGGAGGAGAAGAUUGCCAGUCUGGAGCAGUUUUCAGAGCAGCUGGUGAAUGCUGACCACUAUGAUAAAGACUCCAUUGAAGAGAAGAAGGCAGAAGUACUGGACAGAUGGGCCAACUUGAAGAGUGCUCUGAUUGAGAAUCGUUCCAAGUUGGGCGAGGCACAAACCCUGCAGCAGUUCUGUCGUGAUGCUGAUGAGAUGGAGGUCUGGAUCACAGAAAAGGUGGCGCUAGCAUCAGAUGAGUCGUACAAGGACCCAGCUAAUGUACAGGCCAAGCACCAAAAACACCAGGCCUUUGAGGCUGAGUUGGCAGCUAACACUGAUCGUCUGCAGGCUACAAUUGCUGCUGGACAGAAGUUGGUGGAAGAAGGCGACCUGAUAGACGAGGGGAAAUGCCAAGGCCAGGAGGAGGCUGUGAGGAAGAGGAUAGCUAACCUGGCUGAGCAGUGGGAAUACCUGGUGGUGAAGACUACAGAGAAGAGUGUCAAGCUGAAGGAGGCCAGUAAACAGCAACAGUUCAACGCUGCUGUCAAGGAUAUUGAGUUUUGGCUGGGAGAGGUAGAGCAAUUGCUGCAGUCACAGGAAUAUGGCAAGGAUUUGGCCUCUGUGCAAAACCUGCUGAAGAAACACCAGCUCCUGGAUGCUGAUAUUACUGCACACGAUGACCGUAUCAAGGACAUGAACAACCAGGCUGACCAGUUUAUAGAGGGCGGUGGCUGGGACCCUGAGUCCAUCAGAGAGAAGAAGAACUCUAUCAAUGAGAGAUAUGAGAAGAUAAAGGAGCUGUCCAAGGACCGCCGCACCAAGCUGGAGGAGGCCAACACCCUUCACCAGUUCUUCAGAGAUAUUGAUGAUGAGGAAGCUUGGAUCAAAGAGAAGAAGUUAUUGGUGGGAUCUGAUGACUAUGGUCGUGACUUGACUGGUGUUCAGAACUUGAGAAAGAAACACAAGAGACUGGAGGCCGAACUUGCCAGUCAUGAACCAGCUAUACAGGCUGUCCAGGAGACAGCAGAGAAACUGAUGACAGAGACCCAGAUAGGCAGUGAGGAGAUUGCCAACAGACUGCAGCAACUCAAUGAGAACUGGGAGGAACUGAAGCAGAUGGCAUCUAACAGGGGCCAGAAGCUGGAAGAGUCCCUGGCCUACCAGCAGUUCAGUGCUAACAUUGAGGAGGAAGAGGCCUGGAUUAAUGAGAAGCAGCACCUGCUGUCUGGGGAGGACUACGGGGACACCCUGGCUGCUGUACAGGGGCUGCUGAAGAAACAUGACGCCUUUGAGACUGACCUCAGAGUUCACCAGGACCGCUGUACUGAGAUUAAGACCAACGGAGAUAAGCUGAUUGAUGAGGGCAAUCACAAUGCAGAUCACAUUGCCUCACGCUGCCAGGCCCUGAUGAACAAGAUGGAGGACCUGGGAGAGUCUGCCAAACACCGCAAGGCCAAGCUUAUUGAUAACUCUGCCUUCCUUCAGUUUAUCUGGAAGACCGAUGUGGUGGAGAGCUGGAUUGCUGACAAGGAGACACAGGUGAAGUCUGAAGAUUACGGCCGCGACCUCUCCUCUGUCCAGACGCUCCUCACCAAGCAGGAAACUUUCGACGCUGGUCUCCAGGCUUUCGAGAAGGAAGGCAUCCAGACCAUUACUGCUCUGAAGGACCAGCUGGUGGCUGCUAACCAUGCCCAGACCCCUGCCAUUCAGAAGAGAUAUGACUAUGUCAUUCAGAGAUGGCAGAAGCUCCUGGCAGACUCUGAGGCCCGCAAGCAGCGUCUCCUCCGCCUCCAGGAGCAGUACCGCCAGGUGGAGGACCUGUACCUCACCUUUGCCAAGAAAGCGUCUGCUUUCAACAGCUGGUUUGAGAACGCAGAGGAAGACCUGACUGACCCAGUCCGCUGUAACUCUGUGGAGGAGAUCAAGGCCCUGCGUGAGGCUCAUGACCAGUUCAAGGCAUCCCUCAGUGCUGCCCAGGCAGACUUCAACCAGCUGGCUGCCCUGGACAAGCAGAUCAAGAGCUUCAAUGUGGGCCCCAACCCGUACACAUGGUUUACUAUGGAGAACCUGGAUGACACCUGGAGGAACCUGCAGAAGAUCAUCAAGGAGCGUGAUGCAGAACUGGCUCGUGAACAACAACGCCAGGAAGAGAACGAUGUGCUGAGGAAACAGUUUGCACAGGCGGCCAACGCCUUCCACUCAUGGCUGACAGAGACAAGGAUGUGGCUUCUAGACCCGCAAGCUAUGAUGGAAGGCACAGGAACUUUGGAAGACCAGCUUGAAGCUACAAAGAAAAAAUCAGCAGAGGUGAGAGCUCAGAAGGGACAACUGAAGAGAAUAGAAGACCUGGGUGCUGCACUGGAGGAGAGGCUCAUCUUGGAUAACAGGUAUACAGAACACAGUACAGUGGGUCUGGCACAGCAGUGGGAUCAGCUGGACCAGCUUGGGAUGAGAAUGCAGCACAACUUAGAACAACAGAUCCAGGCCAGAAACCAGAGCGGUGUCUCUGAGGAUGCCCUCAGAGAAUUCAGUAUGAUGUUCAAACAUUUUGAUAAAGACAAGAGUGGCAAGCUGGACCACCAUGAGUUCAAGUCCUGCCUGCGUGCCCUGGGGUAUGACCUGCCAAUGGUGGAGGAGGGACAGGUGGACCCCGAGUUUGUAGCUAUACUGGACAGUGUGGACCCCAACAGGGAUGGCUACGUGUCCUUACAAGAAUACAUGGCGUUUAUGAUCAGUCGGGAGACAGAGAAUGUCCAGUCCAGCAAGGAUGUGGAGGAGGCUUUCAGGGCCCUCACCUCUGGGGACAAACCUUAUAUUACUGCCUCAGAGCUUUACCAGAACCUUACAAAAGAACAGGCAGAUUACUGCAUAUCAAGGAUGAAAAAAUACCAAGACCCGAAGGGGCGAGAGAUCAUGGAAGCCUAUGAUUACGCUGAAUUCACCCAAUCUCUGUUUGUGAACUAGGAGCCAUCUUACCCUUUUAUGAUGUUUAUGUAGACUGCGUAUGUUAGCUGCAAUAGAAGUGAAUCUGUUUUUAGGAAGGCAACUCAACUGGACAGCUUUUAUCAAACUUCUCUGAAAUAAAUUGCAUUUAAAAUAUGAAGCAAUAGACUUGCAUUUGAGAGCUUUUACAUGAAGAUCGUUUUCUUACUCUGUAGUAGCCCAGGAGAAGUAUUUUAAUAUGUCUAAAGGUCUUAACGUGUGUACCAGUAUUCCAUUCAACAUCAGAAAUUUGACCUACCAUAAAAAUGGUAGAAGAACUUCGACAACCUCAAAGUUUCUAUGAAUGGUUCAUUUGUUUACCACCAGGUAGCAGCACAAGAUGGUCAGACCCAACUGGUCAUUUUAUACCAUCUUUUUAAUGACCAACUGGUCUGAAUGAUGGGAGAUAUUAAACUUUUUUUUCCUAGAAUGUUUCCUUAUUGUUGUGACUUAAAUGCUGAACUGUGGUACUAUGUAAUAGUAUAUUAUAGUGGUGUAAGCUGAAUAGCUGUGUUAUGACCAGAUGGAACAGCAUUGCUUAAAGAUUUUGAACUGGGCAUCACUAGAAUUAUACGAUAACAUUGUAAUAGCUUGUUACUGCUUAAGGUUAAGUAAUGGUUUUUGACAAAAAGCAAAAGUUGAAGAACAGAGUGUCAUUGGAAAUAUUUACAUCUUAAAUGUAAUUAUGUUUCUUUAUACAUGUUUGUUGAUGUCUUAUUAACUACCAGAUUUGAACCCUGGACAUGAUGUUACGUGGAAAAUAGGAGGAAGUCUUGAAUGGCAUUUACUUUUACACUUGUAUCUACAUGCUUUUGAUCGCCAUGUGAGUCAUGGUGGCUGAUAGUAUUGUGAUGUACUGCAACACCAAGCUAUUCUCAUUUCUUUGUACUGCUAAUUCUGUAGUUGCUUCAUUUCUUCUAUGAACAAUAAAGAGUGCUUUUAGUGUC